UCCCUCUCUCGAUCUCUCAAGCCCAGAUGGGGGAAAAAUUAAACAGGAUAAUAAAGUCAGAAAAAGAUCACAUUUUUAAAAGAGAGAUUAAGAUAGAGAGGGCAGAAAAUGGGGCUACUCGUUCGAAUUCGACCGAUGGAGCUUCUACGUCCGCGCUCUCUUCCUCUUCGUCGACGAAUUGUGCGAAAAAAUCGAUCGACGAGGCCCCAGUUUUGAUAUUUCUCUUGUUUCAGAAGGCGAUUAGGUCAGAGUUAGAUGUGCUCAACUCUGAGGCGAUUUCUCUCGCGACGGGCUCUGGGGGAGAUUUUAAGCUGUUCUCGAAGCGCUUCAAGUUUCUCUUCUCUAUUUAUGAGCAUCAUUGCAAUGCGGAGGAUGAGGUUAUCUUUCCAGCUCUUGACAUGCGUGUUAAGAAUGUUGCGCGUACAUAUUCUCUUGAGCACCAGGUGGAGAGAACGCUGUUCAAUCAGUUGUUUAAACUGCUGAACUCAGGUGAAGAAAAUGAUGAGAGUUUUCAAAGAGAAGUUGCUUCUUGCAUUGGAGCUAUGCGCACAUCACUUAGCCAGCACAUGUCUAAGGAAGAAAAACAGGUCUUUCCCUUGCUUACCAGGAAGUUUACAUUUGAGGAGCAGGCUGAUUUAAUUUGGAACUUUUUCUGUAGCAUUCCUGUCAACAUGAUGGCAGAGUUCCUUCCGUGGCUCUCAUCUUGUAUUUCACCUUAUGAGCAUCAUGCUAUGGUAAAAUGUCUAUGCAAGAUAGCACCGGAGCAAAGUCUUCUCCAUGAGGUCAUAUCUUCAUGGAUGGAAGUGAUCGCCACAGAAAACCUGGACAGAAGCUGUAACGGUGAUUCUGAAUUCCAAGAUUGUUGCGGUGGUGGGCCUGAAAAAGUUAUUGCGUCAACCGAGAAGGUCUGGGUUUGUCCACAUUCUAGUAUUGGGAAGCGAAAAUAUCUAGAAUCAGACAGCCAUGCUCUUGAAUUGACUGGAAAUCAUCCUAUAAAUGAAAUAUUGCAUUGGCACAGGGCAAUUAAAGGAGAGUUGAAUGAGAUUUUAGAAAUGGCUAAGAAGAUAAAAUAUUCUGCUGAGGCCUCGGAUUUCUCUACUUUCCAAGAUAGACUUCAAUUUAUUGUUGACAUCUGCAGCUUUCACAGAAUUGCCAAGGAUCAAGUGAUAUUGCCAGCACUAGGUGAAGAGUUCUCCUUUGCGCAGGAGCAUUCUGAAGAAGAGUCUCAACUUAACAACUUCAGGCACAUAAUUGAGAAAGUGCUGUGUACAAUAGCCAAUUCAUCUUCUUCUGAAUCCCACUCAUCGCUACUUUCACACACUGAUGAAAUAAUGAACUCAAUACAAAGACUUCUUGAGAAUGAGGAAGCUGAGGUUCUUCCUCUUGUCAGACUGCAUUUAUGUCCCGAGAAGCAAAGGGAACUUCUGUACAAAAGUAUAUGUGUGAUGCCUUUAAAAUUCUUAGAACGUGCCAUCCCAUGGUUCGUUGCUACCCUAACAGAACAAGAAACUAAGUCCUUUCUUCAAAAUAUUCAAAUGGCAGCUUCAUCAUCUGAUUCUGCCCUAGUUACUCUUUUAUCCGGUUGGGCAUCGGUCUGUCACUCCCAAGAAAUUGCAAGUUCUCGCACAUUCGUAUGCUUGCCUUCGAAGCUUGUUGCUUGCUGUCCAUUUGAGAAAAAAGGUCAGAUUCAAGAAGACUAUUGCCGAGUCUUCAGUGUAUGUCCUUUUCCACUUAUCAGCAGGGCUGAAUCAGCAUACCUGCAAAUGGAGAACUAUAGGAGGCCGCUCAAAAGAUGCAACUUCUUAGAAGCAUGUGCAAAUACUAGUGAAUCCACAUAUAACAUUAAUAUUCAACAACCGUCCUAUGAUAAACAAGCUCAAUGUGCACCAAGAUCAGGAUUACGUAGGAAUAAUCUUUGGAUAACUCUUCCUGCUGAUAAAUCUUCCCAUGUCAACCAUAAUUCUGCUUCUCCAUCACUUAAUCCGAGCCUCCUUUUGGAGGGUACAAGAAUUAUUUCAUCAAAUGGGGAUGAUAAAGCUAGGCCUAUAGACACUAUAUUCAAAUUUCAUAAAGCAAUUUGCAAAGAUUUGGAGUAUUUGGAUUUUGAGUCUGGAAAACUUUUAGGUUGUGAUGAUGCUUCUCUUCGGAAGUUCAGUGGAAGGUUUCGUUUAUUGUGGAGUCUAUAUGAAGCUCAUAGCAAUGCUGAGGAUGACAUUGUUUUUCCAGCAUUAGAAUCUAGAGAGGCACUUCACAAUGUUAGCCACUCCUACACUCUCGACCACAAGCAAGAAGAGAAGCUAUUUGCUGAUAUAUCUACAAUCCUUGAGGAGCUUUCACGACUACAUGCAAAAUUUGGCCGGACCAAUACUAAAUCUGACGCAAGUCAAAGUGACACUGGAUCUUGUGGUCUUGAUUCUCAUUGGAAGAAGAAACAAAAUGAGCUCGCUACUAAAAUUCAAGCAAUGUGUAAAUCUCUACGUAUUUCUCUGGGACAACACGUGUUUAGAGAAGAACUGGAACUGUGGCCUUUAUUCGACAAACACUUUUCAGCAGAGGAACAAAACAGGAUAGUUGGUCGUAUUAUUGGGAUAACAGGAGCAGAAAUUCUUCAGUCUAUGUUACCUUGGGUGACUUCUGCACUUACUUUGGAGGAGGAGAACUGUAUGAUGGAUACAUGGAAGCAAGCAACUAAGAAUACCAUGUUCAGUGAAUGGUUAAAUGGAUGGUGGAGGGGUACACCUACAUCUUCUUUGCAGGCUGUAGCAGAAGCAAGUCAUGCUGUUCCGAAAGGAACUGAAUGCCAGGAGAGUGUCAGUGAUAAUGAUCAGAUGUUCAAGCCUGGAUGGAAGGAUAUUUUCCGAAUGAACCAGAAUGAGCUUGAGGCAGAGAUACGAAAGGUUUCUCAAGAUCCAACACUUGAUCCACGGAGAAAGGCCUAUCUUAUUCAGAAUCUUAUGACAAGUCGCUGGAUCGCAGCUCAACAAAAAUCACCUCAAGUAUCAACUAAGGAGUUAACAGAUGAUGAAGAUAUCCCUGGCUGUUCCCCAUCUUUUCGAGAUUCAGAUAAACAGAUAUUUGGCUGUGAACACUACAAAAGAAAUUGUAAACUUCUUGCCACAUGCUGUAACAAGUUGUUCACAUGCAGAUUCUGCCAUGAUAAAGUCAGUGAUCAUUCAAUGGAGAGAAAAGCCUCAACUCAAAUGUUAUGUAUGAGCUGUCUCCAUGUUCAGCCAAUUGGCCAGACAUGCAAAACACCUGCUUGUAAUGGACUAAUUAUGGCGAAAUACUUCUGCGGUGUCUGUAAACUUUUUGACGAUGAAAGGACAAUAUACCACUGUCCAUUUUGCAAUUUGUGUCGCGUCGGGAAAGGACUUGGCAUCGACUUCUUUCAUUGCAUGGGUUGCAACUUUUGCUUGGGAAUGAAAUUGAUUGAUCACAAAUGUCGUGAGAAAAGUCUCGAGACAAAUUGUCCAAUUUGUUGUGACUUUCUGUUUACUUCAACGGAGCCUUUAAGAGCCUUACGUUGUGGGCAUUUCAUGCAUUCAGCGUGCUUCCAGGCAUACACUUGUAGUCACUAUACCUGUCCAAUAUGUAGCAAGUCCUUGGGAGACAUGACGGUUUAUUUUGGCAUGCUUGACGCGUUAUUGGCUGCCGAAGAACUUCCAGAAGAAUACAAGGACAAACAACAGGAUAUACUAUGCAAUGAUUGCGCUAAGAAGGGAAAAUCUCGCUUCCACUGGGUAUAUCACAAAUGCCGCUUCUGUGGUUCUUACAAUACAAGGGUCAUCAAGAGCGAAACUAAAUGAUCACACCCCGUUGUACGAGUGAGGACAUUUCCUUUUUUUUUCCCCUUUUUUCGUCUUUCUUAUUUAUUUUCUUCAAAUGUGUAAAUAAUGUUUUAUAUGACCAAUUUAUUUUAUAUCUUUGAUAAUUAAACUUUGUAAAAUGAAGUGCCCGCGCUACACUAGCAGAAUGCUUGCCAUAAGCAUCGGAUGCGGACCUAAAUCUUGACAUAAAAUAAAAUUUUCUUCAGAGAGGAGGCUUACAAGUUCAAA